GAACAGCAGAGGGAGUACUGGACUGCCUGGAUAUCCUCUUCCAUCUGGGAGCCAUCUGUGUUCCUCUGGCUCUGGGCUCCUCCACACUGGAGCUCACAUAUGUGGGAACACAAACACAUGCCUGACAUAUGAAGGAGUGGAGAGAGAGACAAAAAACGAAGAAAAGAGAAGGAUAAGAAAGCAAAGUCACCACAGCUGAAUUAGGACAGACAAGAGCCGACUAAUAGGGUGGAGACAGUGGUGAGAAGAAGACCCCUGCCAUGCCCGGCUCUCCUGUGGAUGUCAAGACUCAUUCCAGACCAGUCCCCAGACCAGUCCCCAGCAGCAGCAGCAGCAGCGCCACCAUGCCGCCCCUGCCCUCCGUGAACCCCAGCGGACCCCGGCCAGCCUCCUUCUCCUCCACCACUCUGACCAAUGGAAUCCACCACUCCCCGCCCACCCUAAAUGCUGUGCCCUCGCCGCCCCAGCGCUACAGCAAUGGGCCUAGCUCCUCCUCUUCCUCCUCGCUGGCCAAUCAGCAGCUCCCGGCCACAUGCGGCGCCCGACAGCUCAGCAAGCUCAAACGCUUCCUGACGACGCUGCAGCAGUUCGGCAACGACAUCUCGCCCGAGAUCGGAGAGAGUGUCCGCAACCUGGUGCUGGCCCUCGUGAAUUCAACAGUCACCAUCGAGGAGUUCCACUCAAGGCUCCAGGAGGCCACCAACUUUCCCCUGAGGCCCUUCGUCAUUCCCUUCCUCAAGGCCAACCUACCCCUGCUGCAGAGGGAGUUGCUCCACUGUGCGCGUGCGGCCAAGCAGACCCCAGCCCAGUACCUAUCCCAACACGAGCACCUCCUACUCAGCACCACUCUGGCCUCGCCCCCCGACUCCUCGGAACUGCUGCUGGAGCCCAGCGAGAGAGAGAGAAACGCGACAGUUAAGAGACACAGUCCUAACAGGGGAAAAGAGAACGGCUUCCACGAGCGCCCCCCUGCCCCCCUGGAGCCCCCGGCUAAGCGCAUCUGCACCAUCAGCCCGGCGCCCCGCCAUAGCCCGGCCAACCCCCUGCCCCUCAGCGCUCAGCUGCACCCCACGCCGCCCCCUCUGCAGCACUACGCCCUUGAGGACAUCAGCGCCCCCCAUCUGCUGCACCGGGAGAGCAGCCACCGGAUACUGGAGCUCCGCGAGCUCAAGGACAGGCCUAGACUACCUGGCUCUAACGGGGGUUACCGCGAGGAGCCCGUGGACCACAGGCUGACAGACAGAGAGUGGGCCGACGAGUGGAGGCAUCUGGAUCAUGUGUUGAAUUGCAUUGUUGAGAUGGUGGAGAAGACGCGGCGGUCAGUGGCUGUGCUGCGGCGCUGUCAGGAGUCGGACCGCGAGGAGCUCAACUACUGGCGGCGGCGCUCCAGCGAGCAGGAAGACCCCCGCAAGGGAGGGGCCGCCACCAUGCCCACCCCCUUCUCCAAGACCCACAGCCCCCGCACAGCAGCCGUUCCCGCCCCCUUCUCCAAGACCCACAGCCCCCACACAACCGAGGGACUCAGCAGUGAAUCCCAGAGAGACUUUGCGCCGCGACCAGGCUCGGGCUACGUGCCUGAUGAGAUCUGGAGAAAAGCUGAGGAGGCGGUGAACGAGGUGAAGCGCCAGGCCAUGGACGAGGUCCAGAAAGCAGUGGCCGAGGCAGAGCACAAGGCCUUUGAGAUGAUCGCGUCCGAGCGGGCCAAGAUGGAGAAGACACUGUCCGAGGCCAAGAGGAAGGCCACAGAGGACGCCAUCCAGGUCAUCAAUGAGCAGGAGGACUCAAGCGAGUGUUGCUGGAACUGUGGUCGCAAGGCCAGCGAGACGUGCAGCGGCUGCAAUGCAGCACGCUACUGCGGCUCCUUCUGCCAGCACAAGGACUGGGAGCGCCACCACCUCAUCUGCACCCCCGGCCUGCAGACCCAGCCCAAGCCCGUGUCCGCCAUCACAGCUGCCAGGGCCGCUGCAGCCGCCGCCGCUGUUACCGCAGGAGCCAAGGCCCCCGAGAGCGUACCAACCACUGCCAGUCCCGGGGGGGAGAAGGGGUUGGUGGCCUCUCGUUCCUCCACCCCAUCCACUCCCACAUUAGUGCUAGAGACCAACGGGCAGUAAAAGCCAGGACUAGGACCAGUGAUACUGGCUCUCAAGAUGGCCUCCCUUCCCAUUUUCCUUCCAUUCUGUUGUUCCUGACUGUUUAAAUGGACACCAGGACUGUAUGCCCCAAAAUGGCUUCCUUUCUUUGUUUCCCGUUCCUCUUGAACUGCUGACUGUGAAAGGUGCUGGUUUCCAUUGUUCCAUCAUUUGGCUGUCACCCGUCGGGUAUCUUUAGGUUAGCGUUUGGCUCUUCAAGUUCUAAAGGUAUCUAGGUUAGCAGUUGGCUAUUUAGGUUCUAAAGGUAUCUUUAAGUUAGUGGUUGCGAGGGAGAGGAGACAAGGGAAGAAAGCUGUUUUUAAAACUUGACCCUCAGCUCUGGACACCAACCUUAAUUUAGCCAAGGAAGUGACAUCAUGGACAGGAAGUGAUGUCACAGACAUUGAGUGAGCGGAGGAGGAAAUGAGGUCACUGAUGUCACCAGUCAUGUUACACAGAAAGAGGACAGAUUGGGAGGGGUUUGCUUUGGUAAUGGUGGGCAGAAGACAGACUCAUCUGCUUUGGGACUUGGAGGAUCCAUCUUCAACAGUUGGACAAACAGACAAUCUACCUGACAGAUGGACACUUGUUUCGCUUCAUCCAAAAUCUCAAUCCCCAGUAGAGUUGAGACAACUGAGGACGGACUUCAGACCCGGCUUUCUUUUUAAGGGGACAGUGGGGGGUGUAUGAGUUUUGAAAUGGUCUUUUAUACCCACGAGGGUGAGUGAUGGUCGAAGUACUCACUGCAUAUUUCCUAGUUCACCAUUGUGUGUAUAUAAAGCUAAGAGAAAAUGGUCGGUGUUGACAGUGUAAUAAACAGUACCAGCUCUACAGAAAAGAGGGUUAUGGGUUGGUGUUGACAGUGUAAUAAACAGUACCAGCUCUAGAGAAAAGAGGGUUAUGGGUCGGUGUUGACAGUGUAAUAAACAGUACCAGCUCUAGAGAAAAGAGGGUUAUGGGUCGGUGUUGACAGUGUAAUAAACAGUACCAGCACUAGAGCAUCUCACGUCUGGAAAUACAUUUUGGAGGUGACAUGAUCGCGAAGUCACCGCCACAAUCCUGUUUGUAUGUACAGUAUAGCUGUCCUACUUUUCUUGCUCGCACAAGUUAUUCGUCAGGUUCCUCUUUUGAGUGUGUACAGUUGAAGUCGGAAGUUUACAUACACCUUAGCCAAAUACAUUUAAACUCAGUUUUUCACAAUUCCUGACAUUUAAUCCUAGUAAA